AUGAUGCGCGAUCGGAGGCAGACCCUUAUGGGGUGCUUCCUAAUCUUCUGUUUGGUCGCGUUCCUGGCGCCCACAGCGAAUGGCCUCAUUCACAAGCUCUCGAUCAAGAAUGAUCGACGUCUCGCAUUCCGAAUCGAAACAUUUGGCUUCUUCACGGGCGGUGUGAUGGAGAUGGCGAUCGAAAACUUCAAGGUGGUGGAUGACAAGGGCAGUCUUUGGGACGAUCUUAGCGCGGGCUUCAUCAUCAAGCACAUUGAGACUGACAGCGGAUCCUUCAUCGAAGAAACGGAUGCUAGCAAAUGCGUGAGCCUCCUUGAUGAACCUGAAAGGGGCGACACUAUCGCUGUGAAGGUGACCAAACCGAGCAAGGAGAACGAGAAGCAGUCGAAGGUUAUCACCAUCGACAAGACUCGCCCCGAAGGCUUCUACACCGUCGUUUUCCUCAACUGCCAGCCUGGGACCUAUGUCUCCUUCGACCUCACGUUGACGAACUACAACCCCGGCCCCAACUAUCUGUCGGCCGGUCUCACCGCGCUGCCCACACUUUACGCUAUGCUCUUCGUCGUCUGGACUGUCAUUCUGGGCGUGUGGCUCUUCCACUUCAUGCGUGGUCAGGGUAAGCGGAUCUUCCGCAUCCACCACCUGGUCACCGGUAUCAUUCUCCUUAAGCUGCUCACUCUGCUGUUCGAAGCGAUCGAGUUCCACUACAAGAAGACGACGGGCCACCCCGGCGGUUGGGUCAUCGCCUACUACAUUUUCUCUGGUCUUAAGGGCACCAUGAUGUUCGUGGUGAUCGCGCUGAUCGGAACCGGUUGGGCCUUCAUCAAGCCCUUCCUUGGGGAGAAGGACAAGAAUAUCUUCUUGGUAGUGAUCCCCCUGCAGAUCCUGGCCAACAUCGCGAUCAUCGUCCUCGAGGAGACUGCCCCCGAGGUGUUGCGUCUCGUGGACAUCAUCUGCUGCGGUGCCAUCCUCGUGCCCAUCAUCUGGUCCAUCAAGCACUUGCGCGAUGCUGCCGCGAUCGAUGGCAAAGCCAAGAGGAACAUGGAGAAGCUGAAGCUCUUCAGGGAGUUCUACCUGCUGGUGGUGACCUACAUUUACUUCACCCGCAUCAUCGUUUUCUUGCUCGAUGCUACCCUCCACUACCAGUAUGUCUGGCUGGGAGAGUUCUUCACCGAGCUCGCCACCCUCAUCUUCUGGGGCCUCACUGGCUACAAGUUCAGACCCGUCGCGGACAACCCCUACCUCAAGCUGGACGACGAGGAAGAGGACGCCGAGCGAGAGGAGGCCCAGAGGCAAUCCAGGACCGAAGCUGGAGAGACCAUCGUCAUGGAGCCUCUCGAGCCCAAGAACAUCGACGUCACCAUCAACUAG